GAACGUGUUCAAAGCAUCCAAGUUUAUAGAAAGCCAUCAAGCUCACAUAUACAUAAAAUAUGACUUUUAGCACCUAAACAGCUCUUUAUCUGUGAGCUGCACAUGUGGUUUUUGUGUUCAACGUCUGCAGGCUGUUCUUGAGAAAACAUCUCAACUCAUUAUCGCUUUCUUCCCGUGUGAAGAACUACAGCUAAGCUCCCUCAGCACAUUCAGGCUAGCUUGGCUCCGCUUAACCGAUCCUAGGAAGACGCCGCUGACCGCAGUACCAGGACAGGCCUGCGCUGUGCUCGUCACAAACAGGAGGAUCUGCUUAUUUAGAGGAGGUAUAAAACUGGGAGUAGAUCCCCUCCAAGGAAAUCCUGUAAUCCAUCAGCAAAAUGUUCCUCUUCACUUUGGUGCUGGUGGUGCUGUUUCUACCGGAAGCUGACAACCUGAAAUGUAAAUGUGAACCUGACCAAUAUGGAACUUGCGCUAAGGAAACAACUGAAUGUCCCUCAGAGGACGAUCGUUGUUCAGUAAGAACACAAGUCUUUUAUUUAGGUGGUUCAAAGUCUGAGCGGAACUCCAAAGAUUGCUUUAUGUUUGAUCUGUGUCUUAAUUACUCUAUCAGCUAUGGAGAUUACAGAAUUGUACAAAACAGCAAGUGCUGCAGUGAAGAUCUCUGCAACGCCCAGAUUAACUACACAAAACUUGUCUCCACUCCAAAUAGAAAAAAGUGCUACAACUGUGAUGAAGAAAACUGCAUGAAAACCGUUAAAUGUGCAGGGGAUGAAAACUACUGCGUUAAUGUAACAGGAUAUACACAAGGAGAACGUUUCAUAAUGAAGGGAUGUGCCUCUAAGUUGGUGUGCUCAGAUCAUUUUUCUUUAGUGAUGAGUCAAUUUACUACACGGCCCCCUGUAGCAAAGAUUAGCUGCUGCCGGGGCAACUACUGCAACGGCGCCAGCAGCACCAUCAGCCCAGGAAGCAAAAGCAGCGCCAGCAGCACCAGUCCCACCCUGCUGCUCCUGUUGGUGCCUCUGUUGUUUUCUAUCUUAUUUUCUUAGCUCACAGAAGCUACUGAAUUGCUGCCAUGUUUUCUUUUUAAUCACAAUUCAUUUUCUAAACCUGUUCUUUUUAUUUGAUUCUAUAGCUUGGUUAGCUAAGCAACAUGUUAUAAUCAACAACAUCCUCUAUACUUUGUUGUUCUAUACUAAAAUAAUCUUCCUCAAUAAACACAAUUUUUUUUAAUUCUGGGUCCAGUACCGAUCUGAUUCUAAAUGUUUAGUUUUGAAAAAACAAAAUGAUUUGAAGUUACAGAUGUGGAAUAAACAUGUUUGAUUUUCUUUGAUUUAAUAUUAAAACUUGUUUUAAUCAAAGAAAAGUUAAAAGCUUUCAGAGCCCAAGAUUGUAGAGUUUGAAUGGAAAACUAACCAACAUGAAUGUAAAAUUCAACCUGGAGAGACUCAGAGAGAAAGUAGCUGUCUUACUUUCUUAGCUGAUAGAAAUAAUUGCAUUGCUACCAGGUUUUCUUUUUAUGCAUAAUUCAUUUAAUCUGUUUUUUUUCUUUUCAUUGAUUCUCUAUAAAUUCACUAAGAUAAAACCAAGCAACAUUCUGUAAACAUCCUCAAUACUUCACUGCUGUUGUUCUCUAAAAACAAAUCCUGCUGAAUAAAUGCAUUAAAAAAUAA